GCUAUAAAAGACGGUCGGGAUUCCCUGCUGCGGUCGAUUCAUCACCGAGACCGCAAGACAUCCCCCUCGCCAAAGCCACAGCGAUCUGCAACCUCAUCUGCUCCGCCGACUUUGCCAAUUUUUGCAUCCCAACUUCUUCUUUGUGGGGAAAAAUCGGCCGAGUAUUACCACAAAUACUGCAAUCUUCCUACGAAGAAGUUUGUACUGUCUUGAAAGUUAGGAGAUCUGUCCCGACUGCAAGUUCUUCUGCAACUUCUGCAGGUGUCAGCAGACGAAAUCAUCCGAUUCGCAUCCAAACCGUUACCAAGGCAACCGUAUCAACCAUGAGCGGCAUCGUGAUCACCCUUAGUCUCCUCGCGUGCGUGCUGGCCAUCUCCGAGGCCUGCAACCAGGCGUCCCAGGGCGGCUUGACGGGAGGCAACACCCUACCGCCCUCUGCCGACGGCGACAACUCGUACGGCCCCGGCUCCGGCCCUGUCCCGCCACACCCAUUCAGGCGGAGGAGGGACGACGACAGCGACAACAGCGCCCUCACGCUGCAGUCCCAGGCCAUGUCCAAGAUGAUGAGGAGACUUUUUGACGAGUUGGACGCAGACGACGACCAGAGCGUCACCGCGGAGGAGUGGGUCAGACGGAGGGGUAACGCCGAGGACUACAGACAAGUCCUGGCCGAAUUCGACAAAAAUGAUGAUGACGUGCUGUCAUUUGACGAGUUUUUGGCGGCUUCGAAGUCGUGAGACCCCCAUAAUUUGAAAAAAAAGGUCUCGAUUUGGAUUUUCGUAACCCUACGACUGUUCCUUGCGAGCAAGCAUCGGACGGACCCGACUUCUGUUUCCUGCGUGUUCGCGAUGUACAUUGCAUGCGGCAAGUCUAAGAUUUAAAAGAAUUAUUCCAUUCUUUUUAAUGCUCACAAUGGGUUGUAUGAAGUCGAUUUUUGGGGGGUAAGAGACGUCCGUUAAACUUCAAACUUUACAUGGAUACAAUUUUGUUUUAAAUUAUUUAUUUGUGUUCAUGAACAGUCGGGUUAAUCGGGCCGAGUUUGUGGGGUUUUUUUUACAAUAGAUCAAAACACAUUACGCCAGAUCAAUUAGUAUUUACAAAGUCACUUAAAAUUACUAAAGAAAGGAAAAUGUUCUGAAAAAUGGGUUUGUGAAAUCACAGCAAUGAUGUAACUAAAACCUCAGAUUAAUUUGGCUCAUUUUGAGUUUCUUUGAAAAUGCUUUCCUAUGAAAUAAUGUAAACUUUAUUUUAUUUUCAAAUUAGUUCUAUGCUAAUUAAACUUGAAGAUUAUUUUUUAUAUAAUUAUAGCUUAAUGACUGAAUUUUUGUUAUUGACACCACUAUAGUUACAGGCUCUUAUAUUUUGAUGAAGAACCGAGUUAAAGGGGUUUUAAACAAACAACAAAAAAUAAAAAGAUUUUUUUUAAAUAGAUUAUUCUACAAAAAGGGGCCAUAAAAGUAUUGUGUAUUUGAAUUGCUCCACGUGUAAAGCACAGGGCAAGAAGACGGAUAUUUAUAUUUCAGAACAUUAAUGUUUUGUGUGUAACAUGGUAAAAUUGUGGUAUACACUUAAUGUUACCACCAGAUGGCGCCCUUUAUAAAUUAAGUGCAAAUAUUAUUUGUCUUGGCUUCUGAAAAUAUACGAUUUCAUUCAAAUGAUAUGCAUACGUAAUUUCCACAAGCCAAUCAGCAACCGGUUUGUAUAAGGUUGUAUAGGUCAAUUAUUGGUACAGUUGGAAAUUGAUUUGAAUAAAUUCAUAUUUUUUUCAUAUUGAAA